GGGACAUGCAUUCUCCUAGUACUCAUGCAAUAUAUACAACAUUGUUUCAAUAUUACUAGAAAAAUAUAUAAUACAUAAAUAACCCCUUUAAGGAGUUUUAUGAAAAAAUGGCCAUCUUAUGGUUCAUGUUCUUUACUACUUUUUGUUCCCUCUUUUUGAUAUCAAAUGCAGAAAGAAUAAGCUCUCUCCCUGGGCAACCCAAGAAGGUUACCUUCAAGCAGUACUCGGGUUACAUCGUGACGGAUGAAGAGCAUGGAAGAUCCUUAUUCUAUUAUUUUGUUGAAGCACAAUCAAAACAUGCACUCACACGCCCUCUUACGGUUUGGUUUGGUGGAGAUCAUGGCUGUUCUUCGGCUGGUACUUCUAUAUUCAGUGGAAAUGGUCCAUUUAGAACAAGAGAAGAAGGAAAGCUUUCGAUGAACCCCUCUUCCUGGAACUUAGAGUCGAACAUGUUAUACAUAGACUCCCCCAUUGGGACAGGUUUUUCAUACUCUAAUACAAGCUCAGACAACACCAAUUGGAAUUAUACCAUGACAGUAAAGGAAAAUAUGAAGUUCCUUCUCAAGUGGUUUGAGAAAUUCCCCAAAUACAGAAACUCAGAUUUUUACUUGGCUGGGGAUGGUGGCGAAGGGCAUUUAGUACCGCAACUUGCUGCAUUAGUUCUUGAAUACAAUGAAAACAGUGAUAAGCCAAUAAAGUUAAAAGGCCUUGCUCUUGGAAAUCUGGGUAUUGGUACUCCAGGUAUAGAUCAGGGUGACUAUCUAUGGUACCAUGGAGUGAUUUCUCCAGAAGCAUACACUAUGGCAAAAAAUGUAUGCAACGUAGCAGAGGCUUUGUAUGAGGAGCACCAUGGAAAAUUGUCCAAAAAUUGCGAGAAAACUAUGAAAAUGUUGGGCAAAGAGAUGGGGCCUGACUUCGAUAUGGAUUCUUUGCUUUUCACGAACUGUGAAUCCUCAGAUUCGAGAAGACAACAUGUGACUAGUGAAACAAAAAUGGGCGAUCCUUGCCUUCCUGAUUACACACCGGUAUAUUUAAAUAAACCAGAAGUUCAAAAAGCCGUGCAUGCCAACGUGACUUGUUUACCAUAUCGUUGGGAUUCUUGUGAUGGGCCUCUGAACAUUUUGCCAGCAUAUGAGACGAAAAACUUCAAUACACUCACAUCACUGUUAAAGAGGCGUAUUCAAAUUCUUCUUUACAGUGGAGAUCAAGAUGUAGUUAAUCCCGUGGUCGAGACUAGAAAAUUUGCAUACACGCUUGCUGAAGACCUAAAGCUCAUCAGUUUGCAGAAGAAUAGACCAUGGUACAAUGACAAUCAG